GAAGAAAAAAAAUACCAUACUCGUAUUAUACCCCUAUUUUGUACAAUUAUUAUCGCGUUGAAUAGUACUCCGUACUAGUACUCAUAGAAAGCAAAAUAAAGACCAUAUUUCUGCAAAUCAGAUCAUUCGCUCGCUCUCUCCCCCUCUCUCUAUAUAUAAGCACCCCCCUGAAUCGCGAGCCGCAUCUCUUCUCUUCUCCCCGCGUCCAUCUCUGGUUCGAAUUAGAAGAAAGCUAGUAGUAUUAACAGUGUAAUUAGCGAGGGGGUAGAGGGGCUUAACCAGCGGCGCAUGAGCCGAAUGGGCAGCAACGGCGGCGGCAAGCUGGCAAGCUGGCUGUGGCACGCGCCGCGGCGGGCUCUGGGCCGCGCGCGCGACCUCUACGUGCGGAGCCUCACCAGCUGCGCGGGCCAAUUCCCGUCCGACGCCUCCUUCGGCUACCCGUCCUUCGCCGCCGCGCCUGCACCGUGCAGUAGGGCCGCCGGCUACCACAGCUUCUCCGCCUCCCCCUCAUCCUCCUCGCGGUCCUACGACGGCGACGACGACCUGCGGGAGCUCAUGCGCGCCGCGUCGGAGAGACGGGCGGCCCCGGAGCGGCCGCCGGCGGUGCCCAGGAGCCGGAGCGUGGCCAUGUUGAAGAUCGACGAGGACGGCCCGUGCGACUUUGGUCUCGCCGGCGCCGGCGUGCCGUUUGCCAGGAGCCGGAGCUGCGCCGUCUCCGCCGGCCGGGCCAGUGGGCAGAGGGGGAGGGCCGCGCAUGUGCCUGUGGCUUGAUCGAUUGUUGCACUGGGAAGCUUGCCUCGUGUCCAGCCUUCCUCUAUUUUUCCCCUUCGACUUCGAGUGCAGAAAUCCGCAAUCGUGCUGUAAAUCUAGUUAAGAAAGCUACAAGAGUAUGCCUUGUGCUGUGUUAA